UAGGUUGGAAAUAUUUUAGUGUUAUUCAUAUAUCAUAUCUCCUAGAUUCAUUUGCAGAGAUUAAUCUCUCGAGUCUGAUAACAUUUCAAUCAAAAUUUUAAUUGAUGUAUUUUAAAGGUUAGAUUCGAAUCAAGAACAAGUUUUAUUAAAAGAGAUCUAAACCAUUUCAACAACCACAACAAAAUGUCCCCUUUUGAUUCUUCUCCUCAGACAAGUCACAGCAACAACACUAGUCCAAGUGAUGUAUUGUUGAAAUGGGGUAAAAGAAAAAGAUCAAGAGUUUCUAGAACUCUCAUUGAAGAUUCAUCAUCUUCUCUUCAUACAAAUCAAAGUAAAAAAUGUCCUCCUAAGUUUUCAUCUGCAUCAACCAUGCCUCCUCCACCACCACCAGUUUCUUCUUCUACCAACUCCAAUACUAGAGUUAGAAAACACAAUAACCCUAGGAACUUGGAAGAUUCUUCGGAAGCUUCGAGAAUGAGUUCAAUUGUUUCUAGAUCUGCAGAACAAAGAAGUAACAGAAGAGUUCCUUCAUCUAAUUCUGCAGCGAAGUGUAAUAAGAAGAAGCGAAAUGGAUCUUCGACGACACAAGCCAGUGAGAGAUUGAAUUGUCAUGUGGAUAGUAAUGGAGAAAAAGUUAGUGUUAAGGUAAUUGAAUGGCCAAAGAUAUACAUUGCUCUUUCGAAAAAAGAGAAAGAAGAUGAUUUUCUCGCUAUGAAAGGGACUAAAAUAUCUCAAAGACCUAAGAAGAGAGCAAAGAACAUUGAUAGAACUCUUCAGUGUUGUUUUCCUGGGAUGUGGCUACCAGAUCUAACAAAGAGUAGAUAUGAAGUUAGGGAGAAGAAAUCUGUCAAGAAGCAAAAGUGUAGCAGAGGGUUGAAAGGAAUGGAAUGCUUGGAAAGUGAUUCAGAGUAACAAGCAAGCACAGAAUUUAAUUUUUGAAUCAAUGCUUGGUUGGUGAGAAGUGAAAACUCAGGAAACAAAAAUGAAGUUUCUUUCAAGAAAAAGUGUGACAUUACUUAAAAGUAUAUUUAAUUGGGUCCCUUCUCUUCAUUACAAAUGGUAUGGUUUUGCUGUAUUGUAUAGGGAUUAUUAUUAUUUUUAUUCAAAUUUUGAUUAUAUUUUGAAGUGAUACCAAUCUAUUCCUAUAUGUGGGACCUUAUUGUUUGAGAAUGUCAGUAAAGUACACAUGAAAAGGGUAAC